UUAAACAGCAAGAGGAAGAAGAACUCUCUUUCCCAAAAUACCUUGCGGGUGUGAGGUCAUUGACGUCACCUCCCCAGUCCCCCACCUUCAUCUUUCAGCAGUACUACAGAGAGAGAAAAGGGGGAGACUGGGCAAAAAGCUGUAUAAGAACGCUUUCACACAAAUAUGAGCGGCAGCGGGCGGCCCAGGACCAGCUCAUUCGCCGAGGCUCCCGGAGCCGCUACAGCCGUCGCCGUCACAGCAGUAGCCGGCGGAAGCGCGACAGGAAAGUCGGUGGCUUCGCAAGGCAGCGGAGGCAGCUCCACGAGCUUUGGAAACCUGAAACUACCACGUGACAGUGGCAAAGUCACUACUGUGGUGGCCACACCGGGCCAAGGCCCUGACCGCCCGCAGGAAGUGUCUUACACAGACAUCAAGGUCAUAGGAAAUGGCUCCUUCGGUGUAGUCUACCAGGCGCGUCUCAUUGACAGCCAAGAGAUGGUGGCCAUCAAAAAAGUGCUCCAAGACAAACGGUUUAAGAAUAGAGAGCUGCAAAUUAUGCGCAAGUUGGAUCACUGCAACAUUGUGAGGCUACGUUACUUCUUCUACUCCAGUGGUGAAAAGAAAGAUGAAGUCUACCUGAAUCUGGUGCUUGACUUCGUCCCGGAGACUGUCUACAGGGUGGCUCGGCACUUCAAUAAGGCCAAAACAACCAUCCCCAUCAUUUAUGUUAAGGUGUAUAUGUACCAGCUGUUCAGGAGCCUGGCUUAUAUCCAUUCCCAGGGUGUGUGUCAUAGAGAUAUCAAACCCCAAAACCUCUUGGUGGACCCAGAGACAGCCAUCCUCAAGCUCUGUGACUUUGGCAGCGCAAAGCAAUUAGUCCGGGGUGAGCCCAAUGUGUCGUAUAUCUGCUCGCGGUACUACCGUGCCCCAGAACUCAUCUUCGGCGCUACAGACUACACAUCCAACAUCGACAUCUGGUCGGCAGGCUGCGUGCUGGCCGAGCUGCUGCUGGGCCAGCCCAUUUUCCCGGGGGACAGUGGUGUGGACCAGCUAGUAGAAAUAAUCAAGGUUCUUGGAACUCCGACAAGGGAACAGAUCAGAGAGAUGAACCCCAACUACACAGAGUUCAAAUUCCCACAGAUUAAGGCUCACCCUUGGACAAAGGUGUUUAAGCCCCGCACGCCGGCAGAGGCCAUUGCGCUCUGCUCUCGACUUCUGGAGUACACACCAGUCACCCGUCUGUCUCCACUAGAAGCCUGCGCACACGCCUUCUUCGAUGAGCUGCGCCAGCCCAACACCCGCCUGCCUAGUGGGCGGGAACUGCCUCUCGUCUUCAACUUCAGUCCCGUCGAGCUAUCUAUCGAUCCCCAGUUGAAUUCAACUCUCAUUCCUCCUCACGCUCGUGCACAGACAACACCUGCCUCACAUGAUGGAAGUGUGUCAGACAGUACCGCCCAGCCCGGCUCGGCGCCAGGCUCCAUCAGCAACAGUACCUGAGAAGCCAACAUCGUACACACCCUACCAACAGCACCCCGUCAUGAUUUUAUUGUUUUUAUCUUCCCAUUCUGCUUUUCUUGUUCUCAACACUUAGACUUUAUACAUAUGCACAGAUGUCAUGAAUUGCUGUUUCCCCCAUGAUAGGCUUCAUAUAUAUAAGAUGACUUUAUAAGUCCAGGUUAUGUGGGAUGUUUGGGGUUGAACAUGCAUUCUCUAUAUUAUGGACUUUUUAUCCCCUGUUUUCUGUUUAUUUUUCCAGUAGCUCACUUUAUGUGCAGCAGCCAUUUGGCUUUCGGAGAAUGACAAUCACAUACACUGCUCCUUAAAAAAAAAAAAAAAAAGGGUACAAAAAAACUGCUCCUUCAGAGUGUCAUUUUGUACCCUUAAAAAAAUCCAUUUAGUUUUUUUUUUUUUUUUUUUUUUUAAACAGGCAGAACAUCAGUUGGUUUUUAGAUUAGGUGAUUUUCAAAUUAAUGACAAAUGAAGCACACUACAGAAGCCGUUCUUUUUCCUCCUUUAACUUGCCCAUUUAAUGCGUGAGUGGGGAGCUUCUGUACAAAUAUUUGGCAUACAAACCGACUUGAUUGGUCAUCCAAACUGGAUAGUGUUUCAGGAGGCCGUUAUUGUCGUCGUCAUCAUGGCCAAGAGCUACUUCCUCCCAAGGAGUCCUCAACUUCCAGUUGCAGAUCAUGAACUUUAUUCCCCCCCCCCCCAUGUUCUUCCUCUUCCACCACAACACCGCUAAUCUGUAAAUAUCAACUAGCAGUUAUUUUAUUUUUUAUCAUUAUUCUAUUGUUGUUCUUGUAAUUAUUUUUUUCCUCCAGUAGAUGGCGGGUCCUAGCGACAAGACUGUUUUAUUCUGUGUCGCAAUCUGUAAAUACUAUACGACUUGGUUUUUUUGUUUUGUUUUUUGGCC